AUGAGCAAUGAAUCUGGAAAUUCGAGUGGAGCCAGUAGCGCGCGAGCAAGAGGUCGCAUUGUUGGUGUGCCGAAGAGAUGUUGGUGUGGAGAAUUGGUUGUCUCUUUGAUGUCAAAGUCGACCGCAAAUCCUUACAGAAGAUACUUCCGGUGUGCUUUUGCAGCAGAGAAAAGGCUGAGUAAUGAUAAUCACACUUAUAAAUGGGUUGAUGAGGCAUUGUUGGAUGAGGUUGAAGCAUUGUCAUUUAGGAUAGGGAAACUUGAACAAACAAAUCUUGCUGAGCGUGGUGAAGAAGAGAAGAAGAAGUUUGAAGAGCUUGAAUUGAAGAUAGAGACUGAGAUUUGUGCAAGAAUGGAAGAUGUUGUGAGUGAAGCUAAAUGCGAGGUGAAGAAAGCGCUUGUGCUUGUUGUUUUAGGAUGUUUGACCAUGGUUGUGUUGUCUAAGAUUAUAUAG